AGUGCGACUGAAACGGGUGAAAGGUAACAGCGGUGAUACUGAAAGGAGACAGCGGGACACCCUGUUGUCAGCCAAGAUGAAUUUCGGUAAAAUGUUUGUUUCUUCCAGGUCGGUAAAACUCGGUAAAUGUUUACUCGCUUCUCCGGCGCGACGGUUAGCAGCCCCGCUUCAAACUCAGCGCUGCAUGAGGACGAGUGUGAGGAGUUUAGCCUAUGCUAAAGAUCUGUUUCUGGGAAAGGUGAACAAGAGUGAGGUCUUUCCCUACCCGGAAAUUAGUAAUGAAGAAUUAGAAGAGAUCAAUCAGUUUGUGUCCCCGGUGGAGAAGUUUUUCAGUGAAGACGUUGAUUCAAAGAAGAUCGAUGAGGAAGCCCAUAUCCCUGCUGAAACGCUGGAUGGACUGAAGGCUCUCGGGCUGUUUGGGAUCCAAAUACCUGAGGAGUAUGGUGGACUCGGCCUGUCAAAUACGAUGUACGCCAGGUUAGGAGAGAUUACAUCCAUGGAUGGAGCCAUUGCUGUCACUCUUGCGGCACAUCAAGCCAUUGGUUUGAAGGGUAUCCUGAUGGCUGGAACUGAUGAGCAGAAAGCUAAAUAUUUGCCCCGACUGGCUUCAGGAGAGCAUAUAGCAGCCUUCUGUCUGACUGAGCCUGGGAGUGGGAGCGAUGCUGCCUCUAUUCAAACCCGGGCUACGUUGACGGAGGAUGGGAAACACUUCUUGCUCAAUGGCUCAAAGAUAUGGAUUUCCAAUGGCGGGCUAGCGGACAUUAUGACAGUGUUUGCUAGAACGGAGGUGCUGGACAAGGACGGGCAAAAGCAAGACAAAAUUACAGCCUUCAUUGUAGAAAAAGCGUUUGGUGGGGUGAUCUGUGGCAAACCAGAAGACAAACUGGGCAUCAGAGGCUCCAACACUUGUGAGGUGACAUUUGAAGACACAAAGGUGCCAGUAGAGAAUGUGAUUGGUGAAGUUGGCGGUGGAUUUAAGGUUGCGAUGAAUAUCCUGAAUAGUGGAAGGUUUAGUAUGGGCAGUGCAAGUGCAGGCUUGAUAAAGAGGCUGAUUGAGAUGACAGCAGAUUAUGCAGGCACAAGGAAACAGUUCAACAGGAAGCUUGCUGACUUUGGAAUGAUUCAGGAGAAGUUUGCCAUCAUGGCCCUAAGUGCCUUUGUGAUGGAGAGCAUGGCGUACCUGACCGCUGGAAUGAUGGACCGGCCUGGACUUCCAGACUGCUCUGUAGAAGCAGCUAUGGUGAAGGUUUUCAGCUCUGAGGGUGGCUGGGUCUGUGUAAGUGAGGCACUGCAGGUGUUAGGAGGAGUGGGAUACACCAAGAAUUAUCCUUUUGAGCGCUACCUCAGAGACUGCAGGAUCCUGCAGAUAUUUGAGGGAACAAAUGAGAUCCUGAGGAUGUACAUCGCUCUCACAGGAAUGCAGUACGCUGGCAAAAUACUAACGGGAAAAAUUAAGGAGAUGAAGAAGGGAAAUGUCGGUGUGGUGUUUGAAAUGUUGGGGAAGAAGCUGAAGGGCUCUCUGGGAAGGAGCGUUGACUUCGGCCUGACCGGCAAAGACGGCGUGGUGCACCCCAGUUUAACAGAAAGCGCCAAAAUGUUUGAGCAGAACGUGGCUCUUUUUGGGUCCACUGUGGAAAGUCUGCUGUACAGAUAUGGAAAGACUAUAGUGGAUGAGCAGUUGGUGUUGAAGAGGGUCGCUGAUACGCUCAUUAACCUGUACGCCAUGACAGCCGUCCUGUCCCGAGCCAGCCGCUCUAUCAGCAUCGGCCUGCGGAACCACGAUCAUGAGGUGUUGCUCGCAAACACUUUCUGCAAGGAGGCAUACUUCAAAAACAACUACUGGAUGACUCAGCUGCAAAAAAAUUCCCCAGAGAACAAUGAUGCCAAUUUAAAGAAGAUUGCCCAGGCAGUCCUGGAAAAGCGGGCUUAUACCUGCUCACAUCCUCUUGACAGAACAUAUUAAGCUGGCUCUUGUAUCUUCAGGGGAUUUGACUGUUUCCUGCAUUCUCAUAGGAUGUUAGGAUCCUCAGGAUUCUCAACUCUUAUUGGCUGGGUCAUUAACAAUGAUAGCAAUGUGCCAUUACAUCUGUUCAUCCAUCACAGUAAACCUCAGUCUAACCCACUCUAACUUCCUAAAGGAAUACUCCAGCAUUGUUCAACUAAUCUCUAUCUGCUGCAUCUGUAUUGUAUGGUCAAUGACCACUGACAAUUAUGAUGCAUUUUGCUAAUAUUAGAAUUAUUCCUGAGUUCUUACAGACUCCGCCUGAUCACCAUGGAUACUAGAAGACCAAAAGUACCCAGAACUACCACAUUGUGUUGCUGCAGUGUUAGAAAGUUGCAUAAAACUUUAUAAGAUCAGCUUUGGUAAGACAUUCUCUGUCUGUAAAAAUGUGGUAGUGUUAAAUUUGCAUUAUAAAGACACUUUCAAAUGUUUAUUCAUAGAAUAAAGCAACUGCCCAUGGGUUUUUAAGUAGGAGGAAAUGUGCCGAUUCUUGUCUGUGAUAACUGACAUUAUGAAAGAUGUGGCAAAAAACCUGGAGUAUUCCUUUGAUGUAGAAAUGUUCAUGAUUUAAUUUAAUUGUAUAAAUAUAAUUUACUACAUUGAGAUUAUUAAACUGAUGGAACUGAGCUGAUAUCUCCAGUAGCAGCAUGACCUUUAACAUUUCUGACAUAAGUAAUUUCUUUUUACUUUAUUUGAAGAGGCUCCUUACAAUACCACCAAAGUGCUUCUUAAUACAGUGGUUCUCAAGCCAGUUUAGAACUGUGGAACAGUCUGGUGGACUCUUCCCAAUGACUGGGUUGUGAAACACUGCCUUGAUACACAAUCACUUUAAUGCUGAAACGCUGCCAAGGUCAUCUUCCAAAACAGCCUUUUUAAUGCAUGUGUACAGUAACACUGUUGUUAGUUCUCAUUUCUGUGAUAUUGCUCCUAAGCUGAGGGUGGGCUGCAGCUGUCAUGGUUGUUUGGGGAGGCUUCUGAAACGUGCAGUUUUUCUCUUCAUCUGUAAGAGGCAGGGCAGCUCGUUUGUGCUGACAGGAGUGAUGUCUCCAGUGACGUCUGUAAAAAGCAGACUGUUCCUUCAGUCAUCUGAUUUUAUUUUGCCUUUUUGUUUUUUUCCUUCUCAGCAAACCAGGUGCACACACACAGUACUAUGGAAAAGACCACCCUUUCAUUUUUUUAAUUUCCAGUCUAUACAGUCAUUAAGUACAAGUUAUUUAUUUGUUAGUAUCGGGGGGAAAAAAAUAGAAAACAUACAUUUAACAGAAAAUAACAUAGAAGCCUCAAAUUGGGGCAACUGGUUAGGACUUUUUCUUCUCUCUCAAAGAUAAAAGCUUAAAGUACUGGUUUUCUCAUGGUGACAGUUUUGGUGGUCUCCCAGGUCUUGCAAAGUUGCUAAGAGUUCCAUUUUCUCUAUAAUCUUUCAAUUGUUUUUUUUUUUUAAUUCCAGUUACAGAUACUGUUUUAAACUUGCUUUCCUUUGACUUUGGCCCUGUCUAUAUGCAAGUGUAGUAUAUCAAAUCAAAGAUCUGAUCUCCCCAGGGUUAUAUCCCUUUAGACAUUUUAGAUGCACAUGAGAAAUUUGUAGCUAAAGUGUUUGAGUUUGAGUAGUUGCGUGUUUCCCUUUGAAGUGUCAAUAGCAGGUUUUCCAUCCACCAGUUUUUUUGUGAAUUUUGAAAAUGCGCAAAAAAAGGCAGAAAUUUGAAAAACACCCAAAUAUCGCAAAAAGAGUUUUACACUAGGACAAGGCUGAAAAAUCACAAUAUCGCUGAAGCCGAAACGCAAAAAAGGGUGAUGGAAAAGUGUUAUUCAAAUAAACAAUGACAUAUCAAGCUGUAAGGGAGAAACGAUUGGCCCUACAGAUGUUGCGAUCACAGCACGUAGCUUUUCGAAAGCUGCUUUCGGCAUUCUGAAAUGCCUAAUCAAAAGCUUGUUUCAAAAAUGGCUCUGCACAGCGUGCUUACAGAAUUGUCUGGUGUGUUUGCAUUCUCAGAUACAAGGUGGACAUUGUUAGGGUGGCACUGAGAUUUCAGCCCUAAUUAGGUGGGCCAUUGCUUGUCCUGCCUAGCAUCUCCGAGCUGCAAAUAACACAUCCAUAAAAAGACGGCAAAUGGCUGUAAAGCUAAUUCUACUUAGAGCAAAAAAACAAGUUAAAUCUCUCCGUCAUGCUCAUUUUGAUGCAGUCCCUACUUAUAGUAGAUGUCUUUUUCUGCCUAAAUUUUGUAAAUGCACAUAACAUUUGUGGAACGUUUGAAUGGAAACCCAGCCAGUGACUCUUUUGAGAAAAGUUUUUUUUUUUGGGAAGACACAGCUGAAACUCACUGGUUUUAAGAUUGGAAUGAUGGUAGAGGUAAACUUGAGAAAUAAUGCUUUUGUUUUCUGUAUAUAUGGCUUUUCCUGAAACUGAAAACUGAAUAACUGCAAAUAUAACCGGAAUAAUGAAAAACUGCAAAUUAAAUAAACGAAAAGGACAGUAGAUAUACUGCACUAAUUGAGAGGCUUCAAUCAAAUGGGCCAUCUUUACUCACCCAAGUUGGGACAUGGAGUAUUGGGCUGUGUGUGUUGGGUUGGAGUUUGUAUCCACUUGAGACCUGUGGUUCCAGAAGGGUCCAGCUGAUGUGGACCUGCUCUCUCUUUCUCUGUUGGAUGUGUCAGUUUGCUGGGCCACAGGAAACACUGGCAUGGGCUGAAAAUACACACACUUUUUACUGAACUCUUUCUAGUUUGAGUACAUUAAAGUGUUAAAUACAGAAAUAUACUUGAUUUUAAACCUUG